GGCGCGGCCCGCGCGGGCUGUCAUGGCGGCGCCCGGCGCGGCGGAGCAGCGCUGGCUACAGGCGGCUCGGGACUUCUUUCACCGGGCGCUCCCGGGGCCGGACGGGCAGGAGCCAGCCGCGCUGGAGGCGGUGCUGCGGUGCCUGCGGAGCGCGGGCGGCGGGACUGUCGGGCGGGGUAACCGCGCUUUCAUCUCCAUCUCUGACCUGCAGCAUCAGCAGCACAUACCAUGCUGCAGCCACCUGAGCUGGAGCACUAAGGAAUUUAAGGAAUGGUCUCAUCAAGGACAAGGUGCCUUACCCAUGCAGCGCACUUUGCCAAGGACUUACCUGAUCCUGGUUGGCUAUUUAGCAGAUGGAAGGCAAGAAAACAAAGAAAAGCUGGUAGAUGGUUGCCUAUACGUGAAGGACAAUACUGGGAUAAUUCCAUGUGAGCUCUUGCACUUUGAACUGGACUGGCUGGAGUCUCUGUUUGUCUUCCCAAGCUGGUCGUAUAUACCACAAAGAGACCGGAGUUCAGCAGGAUACUUGGAAAUCCUGGUGGAUCCAGUGCCAGUAAAUGCCCCCAAGGAAGUACUUCACAGCAUUCCAGUCACCUCCCCAGUGUCAGCUGAGCCACUGCUUACUUCCAGGAUUCCAUGUAAGAAAAGAUCAAAGCUUACUGUAGCAGGGGAAUUGACCAGACUCGGGCCUCUCCUUUGUGUUCACCGAAAGACAUUCUUCUUUCUGUUUCUGAAGUGCUUUGCAUCUGCUGUUUGUGUCCCUGUGCUGGUGCAAAAACCCAGCCAGCUGCUGUGGCAUCGUGUCUUCCAGCUGGGUCACAGCUACACAAUCACAGGCCUGAGUAUGUCCAGCCUGAAGAAAUCUGGACAAACUAUGUUUGUCACCAGUGUUUCUUCCUGCCUUCUGCCCUACUGUGCAGAGCAGGUGAGGGAGCAGCCACUGAACAGUGCUUCACAAGGAGAAUCCACUCAGUCUUCUUCCCUGGAGACUCCUGAGCAGCUCAGUUGCUCCUUGCAGCUGGGGGCUGAAGAGGAGAGACCAAGACCAACCAAAGAGUCCAAGAUCAUCUCCUAUGUGGGAUUUGUCACCAAAGUACUCAAUGUCCAAGCUGGUCUCUUUUUACUGGAUAACCAAGUCUGCUUGUGCCUUGCUUACCAGCCACUGCUGAACUCUGCACGGGGCCUCCGACCGGGAGCCUGUGUGGAGCUCAUCGACGUCCACCUCCUGCAGAAGCCUCUGGUAUCCUUCCCUUUCACUGUACUUGGUGCUUGCCUGAACAGCAUGGUUGUGCUGAAGAGCUUCUCAAGGCUCAGCACCCCCUACCAGCCACUGGCCUCUUCAGGAAAUCUCUGCCUACAGCUACUCUUCCGCUUCAAUCUGGGAAUGCCGCUGUACCUCUGGCUGGUGAGCCUCCUGGAGACGUUUGAGGAGAGGUUUUCCUGUUUCUUUGGGCGCCGUCAAUUGCUUAGCUCUGUGCACCAAAACCCUGGAGCUGCUGAGAAGUUCCUUGUCCCCCUUCUACAAGCUAUGGUGCCAGACAGAGAAGCAAGAGAUAUUUAUAAUGAAAUUCUAUCAGAAAUACACCAGUGUCCCCUGCAGAAAUAUUUGACUCUGAGCCCUCCAUGCCAAGCCCCAUCUCUGUCUGCAGUUUGCCGUGUGGCAGAACAGAAGAGCUGGGAAGGCUUCAGUCCAUCACAGUUGCUUUCCCCCUUGGAGGCACAGCAUAUGGGCACCCAGGAGCUGAAUCGCAGACUGGCCUGGUCCUACUGCACACUCUCAGCAGAAAGUUUCCAGCCCCAACUGAUACUCCAGGGUGUGCUGAGGGUCUCCUCCAGGAGCAGUUCCCUCCAGCUGCAGGACAAGAGCAGCGCACUUCGCUGUGUGAUCUCCCGCAAGGAUGGUAGCCCCUUUGCCCAGACUGCUCUCAUAGGAUCACUCUUGCAGGUGGAAAACUACCAGCUUGUAGUGGAGAGAUUCCUUAAGACUGAUUUUCCCUCCUGGGAACACCUGGAAAAUCCGGAGCAUGUGAGAGAGAAAAAAACUAGUGUCUAUGUGCAGUUCUACUUGGAGGAUGUUCAGGUUCUCCAUGCUGCUGAAGGACAAAUCCAGAAAGGCCUUAGGAGCGGAAACAGCUCUUCUUUGAGGAAUAAGAAAGAUGGCAGCACAACAUCUGAGCUGGAAACCCCAGAGGCAAAAAUGCUGAAAUUGGAGGAUUCCAAGGCAGAUACUGGCAGAGACGAGAACUGUCAGGGGGGCCAGAGCAGCCCCAGAACAACGGGCUGUGUAUCUCACCUGUUCUUGGUUACCCAGAAAGAGGGUCUCAUGUCACGCAAUUACCAGCUGCCCGCAGAAGGAGAUAAAGAAAAAAACGAGCUGCAGUGCAGUUUCCAAGCCACAGUGCUGUGGCUGGGCAGAUCGCAGCUCUGGAGCCACCCCAGAGAAAUUGGGAACCUGUCAGAGCUGGAGGAGACUGGCUGUGAUGAAAAGGAGGGUGUGACGCAGCAAGAAGCACUACUGCUCUUUAUGGGGAAGUCUCUGCGAUGGUUUCCAUUCCUGCACGUGGAUGGCCUGUACCGCUUCACUGUGCCCUGCUGCUCGGACUUGCAAGUGUUUUACAAGCUCUGUUCUCCACCUGUGCCAGCAGCAUUCCUGAGCAGACCAUCCUGCCCCCUCUGCCUGCUUGUCCAAGAUAGCUGGCACUUACAGCAUGAGACCUGGAUCUCCUGUCUGCCUGAGCACCAGCUGACAGCCCUGUCAGUGCUGACAGGCAUGGACCAGAGAACUGCCUCCAUCCCAGAAGUGCUUAGCAGCAGUUUCACAGGUUCCCUUGUUUCUUUCUGUGGUGAGAUCGUGGAGAGGACCUUGUGUGCCUCUCCCAGGAAUGAGAAGCCACCUGGCCAUCCAAAGCAGAGAGGGACUCUGCUCUCCAGGGAUCACAGUGUGAAGCUCAGUGUCUCAGCUGCUCCAGGCUCCCCUGUUGUGAUGGACAUUUACAUUACUGCCACCUACCUGCACUAUCUCUGGGGUUUGCUACCUGGAGCCAAGAUCCUCUUCCAGAACUUGGAACGCAAGAUCUCAAGAUUCCAUAAUGUUUAUUGCACAUACAAUGCCUCCAGCUGUGUGAGCAUCCUAUCUCUGCCAGCUUCCCACCUACCUUUUUCUUCUAGUCCUGCAGGAGAAGCCUCACCCCCCUCACUAGUGCUUCUGUCCAGCUUGAGACCUCAGCUGCAAAAUCUGGCCCAGGCCCGGAUUUUAUGCCACUUGUCCUGUGUACUGACAGUGUGCCUGCAAUGGAUUUGCUCAAUUUGCAGCUGCAUCUUCAAAGAGGGGAGGUGCACCCGACACAAUCCCCCAUGUCCGUCACAAACAGGAGUGAGGCAAGCCAGUGCACGGGUGCUGGUGGAGGAUGGAACAGGUGAAGCUGUGGUGCUGUGCAGGAAUGAACAUGUGGCAGCAGUGCUGGGCCUGAGCCUUCUCGAGUGGGAGGCUGUGCAGAACUGUGUGCAGAGCAGGGGCAGCGUGUGCAUUCAGCAUGGGGAAGCCCCUGGAACAGGGUGUCUAGAGAAACCUGAGGAUCUUGUCACUUGUUACCUAAGGAGUCUGUGCCGAAGUCCUCUCAUAUGUCGCCCUAUCCUGUUGGACUUCAGCCUAGACAGGAAGCCCUCCAAGAUCCAGCAGCCUGCUCCCCUGCCGCUGCGGAAUUUUCACUGUGGUGAAGUGGAGUUUGUGUCACGAGUGGGGCCUCGUCCGACCCUGCUGUGCCUGAAGGUGGAGGAAGUGGGACAAGAUGCCUUACGCUACCUGAACAGCCAGAGGAUGAGCAGGACAUCCAGUUCCUGCUGAAUGGGAGCCACUGCUUAAUAUCGCUCCCAGUGGGAGAGGAAUUAUGGAAAUACCUACUGUGAUCAGGAGCUUUUUUAAUCUCCUUUCAGGAGGAGCACAAGCCUGUGAGCACAGGGUGAAGCACGCAGUCAAGCAGCUGCUGUAACUCGUGUCACUCUGGGCCAUUGUCAACCAGUGACACUGGGCUACAUUUUGGAAGAGAGAUGUUCAAUGCUUCCUAUGUGACAGCUCUUGCCUUGGGCCUAGGGCACACGGUGUGUGCAUUUUGUGUGGUAGUAUCUACUAAAUAAA